UAGACUCCAUACUCCAUUAUCUCCGUCCAUCAUGGAUCCUCCGUCUAUGCGGCUGAAGGGCGGUGAGCCACGUGAUGGUUCCUGAGGCCCGGAAGCCGAGGCAGCAAGCAGACUUACCCAGUCCAGUAAGCGCCAUAAGCUGCAGCAUCCGUUCUUCUUCAACCAAAAGUUAGGGUAAUUUUCGCGCAUCUCCGACUUCUCCUCAGCCCUCCCUCACGUCUUGAUUUCGACAAACGAAGUCAUCAUCAUUGGUCGUCAUUGAUUACUAUUAGCGGAGUGCUCCAUCUUCCAGCUCGUUCACCCUUCCAGCCGCAUCUCAAUGGCGAUCACAUUAGUUGUUGAGCCCCGGGGUAAACCCAUCAAGAAGCUCCCCAGGGAGCUCCAGGUGGCCUCCGAUGCCUCGACCGAGGAGAUCUACAAGGCAUUGGCCAAAGCUUCCAAUUUCUCCAUCCACCGUCUCCGCGUCACCAAGGGAAGCGACCGGACGCUCGUUCCCAACGCGAAAGAAACGACCGUUGAUAGCACCGGCCUGAAGGAAAGGAGUGUGAUCCACGUCAAGGACCUAGGCCCUCAACUAGGAUGGCGCACCGUCUACUUAAUCGAAUACCUGGGCCCGCUCAUCAUCCCGUACCUCUUCCUUUAUCCGCUCCGCCCAUACAUCUACUUCAACUUCGCGCAGCCGCUGCCCACGCCCUCAGACUUCCAGCGGCUGGUAUGCGCCUUGCUCACGGUGCACUUCAUCAAGCGCGAGUAUGAGACGAUCUUCGUGCACCGCUUCAGCAACGCGACGAUGCCGGCACGCAACAUCGUCAAGAACAGCGGCCACUACUGGGUGCUGGCGGGCGCCAACAUCGCCUACUGGGUGUUCCGGCCGGACAGUCCUGCGGUGGUCCGCGACCAGGACCCCUUCCUGCUGUACACGGGGCUGGCGCUCUUCGUCUUCGGCGAGCUGGCCAACCUGAACGCGCACUGCAUCCUGCGCGACCUGCGCCGGCCCGGCACCACCGAGCGCGGCAUCCCGCGCGGCUUCGGCUUCAGCGUCGUCACCUGCCCCAACUACUUCUUCGAGAUCGUCGCCUGGGUCGGUGUAUACCUGCUCAGCGGCCUCAGCUGGAGCGUUCUUUUGUUCAUCGUCGUCGGCUCCGCCCAGAUGGCUAUCUGGGCCAAGAAGAAGGAGCGCCGCUACCGCAAGGAAUUCGGCGACAAGUACAAGCGCAAGCGCUUCGCUCUCUUCCCUGGUCUUGUUUAGGGCUCAGUGGGGUGUUGGGCCGGAACGACAGGGGCAGACGAAAACAGAGUUUCCUGCAAGAAUUGCACACGUCAGAAAGGAACCUGGUUUCCGCCUCGGUGUAUUUUUUUUAUUGAUCCUACAUUUUAUAUGCAAUGGAUGAGACAUGGCCACGAAGUCUGCCCCUAGUGGUUGGGGUAGUUGAGUUCUCACACAAUCUAAGUCGGGCUUAUCGCCUGACACCUACUCCGCAUGACAGUUGUGCGCUGCAUUCGAGCUUAAUGUUCCAAUUGUUCUUCAUGAGCUUUCCUAAUGAGCAAACAAUACAACAC